AUGGUGCGAUGCUCGACGUGCUCGUUCCGCUGUCAUCUCUAUUGCUUCUCGCCUCCACUCAAGCAGCAUCCAGGGUUUCUCCUUCGGAAACAGCAGCAGAAUUCUCAAAGCGAUACAUCGCCGAUCUGGAAAUGCGAAAAGUGCGAAGGCACGUCGGUUGUCUUCAACGUGGGUCCAUCGAUUGAAGUAACUAACACGGAUUCAGGGUGGAUGCAACCAGUGCAGCCCCAAUGGAUCGAGAGCUCGAAAGUUGUGUUUGAUUGUCGGAGUGGAGUGGAUGAUCUGGUGUUCUACUCGAAGAGCUACGCGGUAAUGAAAAAAACGACUGCAAUUUGGCGUACGCACGUGAUGCGUCGGCGACGACAUCGAUACCAACAGGAGCUUGAAAUCAAAGCGUUGCGUUUCUACGACAAGAAGCUCAAUGUGAUGCACGUACCGCAGCCAAACGAAAAGCUCACGGUGAGGGCAACGCAGGAAGAAGAAUUUGAAGAGGACGAUGAAAAUCUCGUGAGUAUCAACUAUUAUAUUCCAUACUCAAGAAGACGUCCACGGCUUCCAUUGUUGUGGAAAGGUGAACCACCAAGUGCUUUGAUGUGCUGGACAACAGGAGAGCGUGUAGAAAUGGCUAAUGUGAUCGAGGAGCUCGUAGAACGACUGUGCUUAGCAAGUGAAGACAUUGACGCACCGCUACUCCAGAUCCAAGAUAAUUCGUUCGUUCGCCGUCGUCUUCGUCGUCGAAGAAAUGAGCGAGCUAACCGACGACGUCGUGCACGUGAAGAAGCUCGACGCAGAGCCAGGGCUCGAGCGUCAGUGUCGCUCUUACGAACUUGCAUUCAGUUCAUUGUCGUCCUCAUGAAACUGCUGGGUCAGGCUCGUACGAAGAAAUCAAUGUUGCUGGCUCUCCGUGAUGCAGCCGAAGAAACUCGCGUAAAGAACGAUGUUAUGAUAAGAGAAGCGAAAGAUUCCGAGGCAACAAGACUCAUGGAACGACAGCGAAAAGUGCAGUUAGCAGAGGUGCGGAUUCGUCGCUUUUUCGUGCGACGCGUGUAUCCUUAUGUGAAAAUCAAGAAACACGUGAUGGCUCGACGUCUUCAACGCUUCUGGAAGAGCACGUACUAUCCGUACAAAUGGCGAGACGCAGCCAUCACUGCCCGACUUGCCCAUCGUAACAAGGCAAGCAUUCAAAUCCAGAAAUUUUACCGAAGUUCUCGAGUUCGGAAGCGAUUUCAAGCGUUAAUUGAAGCGAAUGCACGCCGAAAACUGCGACGAACUCUCACAAGGUGGCUGCUUUCACGUCUUGCUAAGAAGGAAGCCAAGCGGUGUGCUGUAUACGAAGCUGCGCAGUUAGCCUCGACGGAUGACAACACGCUACCAGAUGAUGCCUCUCUUGAUGGAAUUCUUGAAAAACGAGGCGUUGAACUGCACCAGCAAGGCGAUUUUUGGAAUGCUGCGUCCAUUCUGGAACGACUUUGGCAGAUGAGAGACGGGAAAAUGACGUUGGAGCUGCAGAAAACACUUGCCUAUUCGCAUCACAUGACGUGGUACACGUCCUACGAUCAGCUCAAUUUGUCUCGAGCACAUGAACUGUACUGCAACGUACUCGAAAGCUGUACACCUGGUAAACGUGUCGAUCCACUAGUGUUACAAGAUGUUGCAAUUGUGAUGAUGCACAUGGAACAUUUUGGCGAUUCCUUGCGCUUAUUAGCCAAGUUGAUUGAGUAUUUCGCUCGACAUCCCCAAUUCCCGCUAUGGUUAUUACUAGCUGCGGUAGAGCUACAACAACUAGGUGAGUGGGAGCAAAGCGUGGAAUAUUUGACGUAUCUUCACGAUAUCCCACCGCCACCGUAUGUAGAGGGAGAUAUUCUAGCACUAGCAGCUAUGGGAUACGAACAAUUGGCAAUUGUUGGUGGUAAUAUGUCAGAAGAGCGAACUUCAAAUACGUCGAUGGCGAGAGAGGCGUGGCGUGCUGCACUACGGCAAUGGAAUCUGGAGAAAGUAAACGAUGAAAGACCCAGCAGCGCAGCAAUUCGAGGUAAUGGUCGAGUUAUGAACUCGAAAGAAAAGUGGGAUUUACUUACAAAUUUAGGGAAGCGAGCGCUGGAGCAAGGCCAUUUUCUGCUAGCCUGCAGAGUCUACCUCUACGCGUUAGAACGUGUGGAGUGUUCGGACCAGGAGAAACACGCGACUUGGUGGAACCUUGCGGAUGCAUUUCGACAUCUUGGACACCAAGACUUGUUCCUAAAUGCUGCUCGACGCAGUCAACCUAACGCAACCGAAGACGACGAGCUUCCAAACCACUGGCAAGAGCUUGCAGAGCAGCAGACGUGCAGUUUUCAAACUGACUUAAAGACCUUGACAGUGCUACAAAAACUACGACAACUGAAUGGGAAUACCAAGUAA